AUAAAGACAGAAAUAAUAUCUUCUUUGUUGGAGGACCUAGAAGCAUGAAUUCUAAACAGCAGACAGUGAGACUAAGUGAUGGUCACUUCAUCCCUGUACUGGGCUUUGGUACCUAUGCACCUCAAGGGGUACCCAAAGCUAAGGUUACAGAAGCCACCAAAAUAGCUAUAGAUACAGGUUUCCGGCAUAUUGAUUCUGCUUCUAUGUAUCAAAAUGAAGAGGAGGUAGGGCUGGCCAUCCGAAGCAAGAUUGCAGAAGGCACUGUGAAAAGAGAAGAUAUAUUUUACACAACAAAGCUUUGGUGUACUUUUCAUCGUCCAGAGCUGGUGCAGCUUUGCUUGGAACAGUCACUGAAGAAACUCCAGUUGGAUUAUGUGGACCUGUACCUCAUUCAUUUCCCAGUGUCUCUCAAGCCAGGAGAAAAUUAUCUUCCAACAGAUGAGAAUGGACAAUACAUAUUUGACACAGUGGAUCUGUGUGCCAUCUGGAAGGCCAUGGAGAAGUGUAAGGAUGCAGGACUGACCAAAUCCGUUGGGGUGUCCAACUUUAACCGCAGGCAGCUGGAGAUGAUUCUUAACAUGUCAGGGCUCAAGCACAAGCCUGUGUGCAACCAGGUAGAAUGCCAUCCUUAUCUCAACCAGAGAAAACUUCUGGAUUUCUGCAAGUCAAAAGACAUUGUAAUGGUUGCUUAUAGUGCUCUGGGAAGCCAACGGGAAAAUAUAGGGAUAGUGCAGAAUAACCCCAUUCUUUUGGAUGACCCAGUUCUUGAUUCCCUGGCAAAAAAAUACAAGCGAACUCCAGCCCUGAUUGCCCUUCGCUAUCAGCUGCAGCGUGGGAUUGUGGUCCUGGCCAAGAGUUUCACUGAGAAGCGGAUAAGAGAGAAUAUGCAGGUUUUUGAUUUUCAGUUGUCUUUGGAGGACAUGAAAGUCAUUGAUGGUCUGAAUAAAAAUGUGCGAUACAUCAGUUUCACAAAAUUUAAGGGCCAACCUGAAUUUCCAUUUUCAGCUGAAUAUUAACAUGGAGACCUUCCUGUGCCAGGCCUUAUGCUAGAAGUCCAUGCAUGUGGAUAUACAGUGGAAGACUGCACCAGUGGUGAUUAUUACAUACACCACCCCAGUCCUUUCUGGGAAACCCUUGUUUGUUGAAUCUACAGCUAUAUGCAAUGAAACAGACACAAUAUAUAUUUGCCCCAUCCUGAAUGGAAAUAAAAGAAUAAUUUUCUUCAACAUUUA